AUGGCCAAAGUAGAUAUGGAACUCAAAAAAGCCUUUGCAGAAUUACAAGAAAAACAGCUAGAAACGUCACAGAAGUUGAGGAUAGCAGACAUUCAGAUAGAGAAUUUAAAAAGGACCAAGCAGCAUGCGUCGAUUACAGAAAGAGAAAUAGGUUCAUUGGAUGAAUCUAUCAAGACUUACGAAUCAGUAGGUAGAAUGUUUCUUCUCACUCCCAUGGACAAAGUAAAAGAAAAUUUAAAGACAAAACAGAGCACUGCAGAAGAAAAAAUUAAAGUUAUAGAAAACAACAAAACAUAUUUAGAAAACUCACUAAAAGAAGCUACCAAUAGCUUGCGAGAACUGGUUCAAACAAAGAAAGAGUCAUAA